AUGUUUGAAAUUAAUAAAAUUUAUAUGGAUAAUGCAUCAGAAGAUGAAAGAAAAAUAAUUUCAAAAUCAAAAAUUCAAAAAAUUGAUAAAGAGAUAUUACCAGUUUGUGCAUCACCAGCAUCUAAUGUUAAUGAUAUUGAUAAUUUUCAAAAUAAAUUAAAUAAUCAAUUAAAUGAAAAGAAAAAGAAGAUUAAAAAUCAAGGUAUUGUAUCAAUCGAUAGUAAUUCAUUACCAAUAAAGAAUAAGAAUGAAUUAAUUCAAUUCAAUAAGCUAUUAUCAGAAUCAAAUGGUAAUUUAAAAAAUGAAAAAACAGAGUCAUUUAUUAAUGACAAAUUAAUCGUUGACAAGGAUAAAAACCUGUAUGGUGUUGGUAGAUAUGUGGAUCAUGUCUAUUGUGUUUUUGGUAAAUAUCAAUUAAAGAAAUCCGUUAUUAAAGUCACAAAACCUGAUCCAAACAUUCCAAUUUCCUCUUUGGAUUUAUUGGCAAUUUAUACCAAAGCAUAUCAAUACAUGUACAAGGAGCAAAAACAAUGGUUUGACUAUAAGAAAACUAGAAUUAACAUUUCAAAUUCUCCUCAUGGUAUUUAUCGUUAUGGUAUUAACGAUAUUCAUUAUAACGGUCUUUCAACAAUCAUAGAGUUUGAUACUUUUUUAGUUUGCUCUUUUGAUGUUGACCCAAUUAAAUAA